UUCAGGCUAAUAAUUCAAAAACAUGCAUCAGAAGAAGAAGAUGCAUCAUGGCGGGCUACAUGAAUUGUUUUGCUGUCGAAUGCUUGAAAGUAGGAAGAGUGAUAGUUUUAAUUUUGUUAUUUUUACUACUGGAUACAUCUACAGCAGCAGGUGUUCAAAUAAUCGAGGUGAAAGAUGGACAAGAGUUGAAGACACGUGAACCACAACACUUUUGCUACCUUAAUCCUGUUAAGCCGGGAUGGAGGGAGACUUGGACUAGAAUUCAGGUGCGAGUCUGGAGCUCUAAAGACCUGAAGGUGACAGUAGUUAAUGAUGAGCAGGAGCUGCAGGAGCUGGAACACUUCAGCUUUUGGACCCUUGUACAGUACUUCAUACGGGAGCAGACUAAUGAAACCUUUGUCCACAUCAACCUCUUUGCGCCCAAGACAUGUUUCAGAGUUGACCCUUCAAACUCUCAAACACUGUACACUGUGAAGCCCAUCCGAAAAUUUGACAUCUACCUGAUCUUAGUCUUUCUUGUUGGGGUUCUGCUUUUCUUCUUUGCUGACAUUCUGAGCAGGAGUCAGAUGUUCUAUUACUCUGCGGGAAUGAGCACAGGAAUGGUUGCCUCCCUCCUCAUAUUCAUCUUUAUCAUAGCCCGUUUUUUACCAAAGAAAAGUCCCUUCUACGUGUUGGUAGUAGGGGGCUGGUCCUUCUCAAUGUACAUCAUUCAGCUGGUUUGCAGGAAUCUGCAGCUCAUCCUGAAGGACCACUGGCCCUUGGCUAUUGGUUACACAGCUGUGGUGGGCUUCAUCAGUUUCGCUGUGUGUUACCGCCAUGGCCCUUUAGUGGACAAGCGCAGUAUCAACAUCCUGUCCUGGACGCUACAGCUUUUUGGCCUGCUGCUGAUUUAUGCUGGCAUCCAGGUACAGCAGGUGGCGCUGGCCAUCAUGGUGGCAGCCUUCUGUGCCAAGAACCUGGAGUACCCGCUCAACAUGGCCUUCAGUAUAUACCAUAAGAUGAACCGGAGGAUGGGCUGGAACUUGGAGCCUCGGCGGCUGCUAACAAACGAGGAGUAUCAGAACCAGGCCGAGGUAGAGACGAGUCGUGCCCUGGAUGAGCUUCGCAAGUACUGCAGCAGUCCUGAUUACAACCAUUGGAAGACUGUCUCCAGACUUCAAUCACCCAAGAGAUUUGCUGACUUUGUGGAGGGUGUCCCACAUUUGUUGCCCAAUGAGGUUUCAGUCCAUGAACAGGAGUAUGGAUUUGAAGGCUCUUUCCUGGAGGAUGAGCUGUUUGCCACAGACGAAGAGGAUGAUGAUGAUGAUGAUGAGGUUGAGGGAGAAUGUCAGAAAGAUGAUAAAGAGAUUCAAUUAUUUGCUAGGAAAGAAGUGUGGCCCCAGGACCAAGGAGAUCGGAAGUUGCCUUUUUGAUGUUCAAGAAACAUGUCCUUUAUGUCCUUAUCCCCCUUUAUAGACUUUUUUUAAAUUAUAAAGUUAUGAGAUUUAUUAAAGCAACAGUUUUUGUCUAGUUUGUGAAGAGAUAUUUUUGCACAAUCAUUGAGUUGUACAAAUGUACAGUAGCAAGAACAAAAAAAACAUCUGUGCAGGGGAUGUUCCACUGUAAACAGAGGUCAUUCACAUGCAUUGUAAUGCCAUAUAACUCUCAGUGGUAUUAAUGUAUUUACGUGAUUGACAGUCGAGGCUGAGAAAGGUCAUGGUGUGACAGGCAUUAGGACUUUUCCCACUGACAGAAGAAAUUAAUUCCCAAGUUUUUGCCCGCUUAGGAUAACGAGUGGGAGUCCUCACGAGAUGUGUCCACACAAGUGUGACGCAAACAAUAUGAUUGGUCGUCUCCAGAGUACUUUUUUUUCCCCCCACUUCCACUUUUCAGAUAUCCACACACUCAAACCACGUCGAAAAGAAUAUCCUGGUAUUUGCAAUGAGCGUGUGCAUCACAGCAACUAGAACUGAGACAUUGAGUGGUUAACUCAAAAAAAAUUCCCAUGUAAAAGAAUGAUAAAACAGUUUGCAGUGUAGACACAAGGGGGCAGUCACCGAUUGCUUAGUCCGGAACUGAUCGCACAGAUUGCUGGUCAAGAACUGGAUGAAUUUGUGACUAUGGCAAAGGGGAUGUAAAUUUCCAUAUCAUAUCAAAUGUCACAUCUCUUGUAAUUAAACUUUUUUUUUACUGAGAAUU